CGUUUUUUCAUGGUAACUUUGUGAGAAGAAUUCGAAUUGUGUCGUUGCGUCACUCCACUAGUCAUGAUAUCACUAUUCAUGUGUCACUAACACUCUCUUGUAGCUUCGAUAUGGAAAAUUCUGCUGGCAGUGAUUAAAAUAGUGUAUACCCGCAACCACGUGCUGUGUUUUGAUUUUACUUUAAUUGAGUUUACAUAUUGUAUAAACUUUCAAAAUUAAAUAUUAUUUGAAAAAACAUAACAGAAUGAAGGACGACCCGGAUACGAAUGUUCAAUUUGUUAAAAUGAUUGAACGUAACCCUUGUGUUUACAAUCGCAAAAGCAGAGAUUUUUCCAAUAAAGCAGAACAAGAUGAAACCUGGAAAAUGAUUGGGAUUGAAUUCGAUGCCACAGUGGCCGAAUGCAAAGAAAGAUGGAAAAACCUGAGAGCAUGCUUUACGAGACAUUUAAAGCUGAUAGCUUCCCCUGGAUACUCUUCAAUUGACAAAAAACCUUAUUAUUUAGCGGAACACUUGAACUUUCUUAAGCCUUUCACUAAAUCUAGAACACAAUUUUUUAGUGUUCCCAAGCUAAAGCCAAAACUAUUGGCAUCAUUUACACCUAAGAUUCAUGAAAAAGAAGAUAACCUAUCAGAAACUGAACAACAUUAUAAUGAAGUCACUGUAAUGGAUGAAAAUGACCCAAAUAUUCAAGACUCUUCGGAUACAAAUUUAACACAAAUUGAUCCUCGUGUAUGGAAUUCUUUGGAUGAAGUAAAGCCUACAGUUAGCAACAAAAGACAUCGGGUUGAUAAUGAAGAACAAAAUGUUGAUGUUGCAGAAGAUUUUCCCAAAAGAAGACAACUAGAUACGUAUUACGAAGAGGAUUUGGAUUUGUGUUUCUUUAAAAGUUUACUCCCAGACAUAAGACAAAUGAAUUCCGAUCAAAAAAGACGUUUUAAGGUUGGUGUUAUAAAUUUAUCAGGAACAAUUCUCAACGAAGGCAUUGUACCGUUUCUUGAUUAUCAAACCAUAAAAAGAGAGUAUCAACAAAUUGAACGAACUCUAGGGAAUAAUACACAUUCCCAAACGUCCAACAAUCUUCCCAAAACCGCAUUGGCAUCUCAAUCGGGGACGACGCAUAGGAGUGUAUUUCCUUUGUUGGGCUCGAAAAAUAAAGCAAAUCAAAGCAUGCAACAGAUAGAUCUUAACUCAAUGCCAAACUAUCAAGCAAACAUAGAAUAUAUUGAUAAUGAAAGUCGUCCAGGCUCAGUGCAAUCAACAUUAUCAUCUGAUUCAUCAAUUCUCGAAUUUAAAUUACCAACGGAAGAGUUGCAACCAUUUCUUAAGUCUAAUUUAAGAACUACUUAAAAUAUUUACAUAUAAGAAACAAACUAUUUAUAUAUAACAAAUAUUUACAAUUAGAAAAAGUACAUGUAAUUGUUAUGAUUUCGACCUUAAACACUAACUUCAAGUAAGUGGUUAUUGGGUCGAUUUUAAGAUAAAUAAAACAAGUUGUAUACGAUUUAUCAAUAA